AUGCGAACCUCUAAAAUAAAAAAAGGAUGCGAUGUUCACUAUAAUGCAAAUCUGAACAAUAUAAGUGGUUGUCCUAUCGGCUCAAAAGCAUGGCCACUAACACUUCCAUGGAAAGUCAACUAUCAAAAGGCGAAUGGUGAAAGACUACCGGAACCGAAUCCCAAGAACCGAAUACACCUGAUGCCGUUGUGCGAGAAGUAUAUACUAUUAAUGGAAAGACUCACCGUCCAACCUACAAGGAUGAUGGAUGGGAAUAGUACUUUUUGGUUAUGUCGCAGACGGGUCAAUGGCGAAGCUCCAUGCUGA